AUGUCCGCCGGCAACAUUGGUGCAUGGCAGAAGAAGGUUGGCGACAAGUUGGCUCCCGGAGACGUCCUUGUGGAGAUUGAAACAGACAAAGCUCAAAUGGAUUUUGAAUUUCAAGAGGAAGGGGUUCUUGCCAAAAUUCUCAAAGAAACAGGUGAAAAGGAUGUCGCAGUCGGAAAUCCGAUCGCCGUGAUGGUCGACGAAGGCACAGACGUCUCGGCGUUCGAAUCGUUCACCCUCGAGGAUGCCGGCGGUGAGAAGGCACCUCCCCAGGAGAAGCCGGCAGAAGAAACCGCCGAAGCCACGGAGAAGUUGGAUUCAGGUUCAGGCACAGCACCACCUGCUGGGAAAGAGCCCGCGCCGGCAGCUGUUGAGGCUGACACCACGGGCGAGAAGCUUCAAUCGGUGCUGGACAGGGAGCCAAGCAUUAGUCCUGCUGUCAAAAAGCUUGCUCUUGAAAAGGGCGUCCCUAUCAAGUCGGUUAAAGGCACUGGCCCAGGCGGAAGGAUCACCCUUGCCGACAUUGAGAAGUAUAAACCUGCGGCGGGCGCUGCGCCUGGCGCCGCUGCAGGUCCAUCUUAUGAGGACAUCCCAGCAAGCUCGAUGCGCAAGACUAUUGCUACACGACUCCGUGAAUCUAUGAACCAAAACCCCCACUACUUUGUUUCGACCACGCUCUCGGUAACGAAAUUGCUCAAGCUGAGAGAGGCACUCAAUGCCGCAUCUGACGGCAAGUACAAACUAUCCGUCAACGAUUUCCUGAUCAAAGCCUGCGCAAUUGCAUGCAAGAAGGUACCCGCUGUCAACUCUAGCUGGAGAGAGGAUGGUGGUCAGGCGAUCAUACGUCAGCAUAACACAGUUGAUGUGAGUGUCGCUGUCGCCACCCCCGUCGGCUUGAUGACCCCUAUCGUCAAGAAUGCCGACAGUAUCGGCCUCUCCGCUAUUUCAAACUCGGUCAAGGACCUCGGAAAGCGAGCGCGAGAUGGCAAGCUUAAGCCCGAAGAGUAUCAAGGCGGCACAUUCACAAUCAGCAACAUGGGCAUGAACCACGCGGUUGAAAGAUUUACAGCUGUGAUUAACCCUCCCCAAGCCGCAAUUCUCGCCGUGGGCACCACACGCAAGGUUGCCGUUCCGGUUGAGACUGAGGAGGGCACUGUUACUGAAUGGGAUGACCAAAUCAUUGUCACUGGCAGUUUCGACCACAAGGUCGUAGACGGUGCUGUGGGAGCUGAAUGGAUUAGGGAAUUGAAGAAGGUGGUGGAAAAUCCCUUGGAGAUGAUGUUGUGA